AUGGCUUCCAGUGCGGCGAAUGGAACCGCGAAAAGUGACACGUCACGACGACCUCCGGCGAUAAAGAAUCCACUGCUAAGCUCCCAGGUUACGGGAUUAACGUUGGACGAUUUUGCACCGGUUGCCGUCCUGCCACCGGCUGCACCCUUGCCCCCCAUUGCGAGGGAACCGUCGGAAUCAACAGGUCCCGCCAAGCCGGCCAUCUUCAGUUCGCAGCCAGCGGAAAGUGGCGUCAUACCGGAUCUACCGCAGGACACGGACAGCUUUAGCGAAAUCGAUCUGAGCGCGGCUAGCGAGCCGGCCGGCCUAUCGUCGUCGCGGCCACCGACUGCAGCCGACUACAACCCGCUGGAGGACUUGGAGGAUUCGGAAUCGCGCCCUCUGCUACCGGGCACCGACGGUGGUCCGUCGUCUUACCUGCAGCAAACUUCGUCGCUGACCGCGCAGUUCGCGGCCCAACUGCCCACCGUUGCCUCAACGGUAUUUUCGACCUUCAGCCGGGUCAUCAAGGGCAACUCGCCGGUCGCCAACGACCAGCAAACGGCAGCGUACGGGUCGUUUAAUGCGCAACCGGAAUUCCAAAAUACGAUCCAUCCAUUAGGGGAAGCAUCGUCGCCGUUCCUACCGUCGGCACCGUCGCUUCCACUGGCCGUGACGCCAUCGUUCGGAGGGCCAUUAAUAAAUUCAGCCGCGUGCGAACCGUUCCCAUCGAACGUUGGCGAUCAGCCACUGAACGCGCAGCUAGCGUCACCGCCACCGCCAACGUUCUACAACCCCGACCGGGUGGCUUCCGUCGCGUCGUGUCCGGCACCACCACCACCGGCAGCUGGGAGCGGACUGUCCAACACCUACCGAUUGGGAGGGAGCAAAAAGAAAACGUACGCUCACAUUCCGGGCCUGAGCACUACCCACCAUACUGGCCCCGGUCCGCUCGGGAGUGCGGCGCAGACCCCGGCACCAGUUCCGUUCGGUGUACCACCUUUGCCGACACCGCCGGUCGCACAACCAUUCGCGGACCUACCGGUUCGUUCGGAUCCGGUAUCGCAUGAGGUAAACCAACCAGAGGAUUCGGCGAAGAGUAAACCGUCGCUCUUCGGAUACCACCUUCCAACGAAUCUGCUUGACAAGCUACCGAGUCCAGGUUUCGGCGGCGGUGCUGAUCAAUUCGUCGAUCAGCCGUUGUCCCCUUUGGUGGUACCACCGACCGAAAGCAGCUCAUCAUCGGCGACCGCUUCGGUUGGUUCCUUUUUCGCGCCACCAACAGCCUUUGAGCCAUCGGCUGCCAUCGGCGCCCCAGCGGUCACUCCGUACAGCUCACUGUCAGCUCAAUCCUCGCUGGUCGGUGACCAACCUCCACCGACAUUCUAUACACCCGGUCAGAUUCCUUCCGUUCCAGUCGCUCCGUCUACGUCGUCCGUCGCGUCGAGAAACAACCCGUACAGCUCGGCACGUCGAGCACCGGGUGUCGGUCCGUACAAAAAUCCGCUUGUCACCGCACCGGUCAGUGGUCCAGUCUUUCUACCGAACCAAUUGCCACCGACCGCCGCCCAAAAGCCCGAGUCUGCGGUGCUUGCUUCCCCGCCGAACAUUUUUGCACCACCACCACCACCGGCCAGCGUCGUGCCUGCGUUGUUCGACCCUGUCGCCGAGCCACUCGUUUCGUUGAACGAACCAAUCGAAUCCACCCCACAAACGGGAGUUCUAUCCAUCUUCUCUCCAGCACCGGUGGCGGAACAACAAAGUGUCCCGGAGGAGCAAAAGGUUGUUAAUUCGUUUGUCAAACACGCAGCGGUUGGAGCUGAUUCACUUUUUCAACCACUGUCGGCUCCGCCUAAAGAACCGCCGGUAGUGCCAUCGAUCCACGAACCGCUGGCCACGCCGGUGCAACAUCAUCCGAUAGGAGGGUUACCAGGGUUUGGGCCUAACUCGCAGCUUUCGGGAGUGUCGGGAGGUGUCGAUGAGCUUAGGACCGCCUCUGAGCACAUCGUGACUCAACCGAACGUGCCAACCCUACACAGUGCCCCAGCUGCACAGCGCGAGUUCACGUCAUUUUUUGACAGCGCCCCUGAGGUCACCUCGGGCGCCCCCAAAACGAUCGUCGACAGUCGGUCCAAGUCGAGCGAGAACGUUCUUUCGCCACCGCCGCGACCAAACUCGAACCUCAGCGAACCGGCCACCAUCUUUCCGGGAGCGGUGCCACCGGCAGGAAUAUUCCUUCCGGAUACGGUUCCUUCGGCCGUCCCGCCCAUUGUGCAACGCCAACAAUCCCAGGAGCAGCAACCCACAGAAAUCGACGGUAACGCAAACAGUCUGUCAAGUUUCUUCGGUCAAACCUCGACGCCCGUCAGCCUCAUCCCGAGCCAAACCGUGCCGGAGCCUACGUGGAACGGAAACGUUUGGCCACCGGCACCGGAGCCAGCGCUCGAGGUACCGACGACCAACCAGCUGCCUGAGCCAGCGCCGGCGAUCAAUCCGUCGGAUUUCUUCAACAGUAACACCGUUCUGCCGCGAGGUAGCGAAAGCGACUCCAAAACGGGUCAGCACAUUUCUUCCGUACCCCUGUUUAGCUUCUUCGGCCAAGCGGCCAGUCCACCGGCGGCAGCACUACCGCCGGUCCCGCCACAAGAGACCCUCGAAGCGAACGAUCAAACCGACGGCAAAGACGAGGCGGCAGAGGAGCAGGAGCGCUUCGUCGGUGUGCUCAACGAGCCCAUUUUUAGCAGCGACAAUCUGUUUGACUUCAAACCUUCCGCCUAUCAGGACGCGGGUCCCUAUUCGCAGCGCCAGCCGAAGCCGGGUGAUCAGAGCAACGGACUGGGCGGAGAAACGAGCGCCAGCGACAGUAUGGCAGCGAUGGCGGCAACGAGUGUUGGCGGGCUGGACACCACCACGGCCCCAUCCGUAGCGGAAUCGAGCACAAACGUUGCGUACCGUCCGACGUACAAUCACUGGUUCUACAAGCGGGAGGUCGAGGGUAAAGUUCUCUGGUCACCCUUCACGAUGGCCGACUCGUUGGCCCUCGAGGACGCGUGGAAGGUGGAGAUGGCGAGAGGCGCCGCUACGGCUGACGACCCACUACCGCCAGCCGUAAUCGUCCACACGGACGGAGGGCGGUGGGACGUUUCGAUCCGCGACCGUACACGGACGCCCGUCUACUGGAAUGGCGCGGCGAACGAGGUACGGCGCUGCUCGUGGUUCUACAAAAAUCUCGAUUCUCGCUUCGUGCCGUACGAGGAGAAGGUAGCGGAGCAGCUGGAGGGCGAGUACAAGGACGCGGCCACGACAGGCGAAUGGCACCGCCGGGUGACGAUCCCGAACGGGGAGACGGUCGUUUUUCACGGACCGUCGGUGAUCGUGCACUUUUUGAAAACGCAAAACCCGGACACGUGGGGCGGCAGCUCGCCGGUGCCGUCGACCACGAACCGGCCGCGCGUCGUGAAGCGGGGUAUCGACGAGUUCAACAUCGACGACGACGAGCCGGAGAAGAUCGAUCAUCUGAUGUUCAUGGUGCACGGCAUAGGGGAGGCGUGCGAUCUGCGCUUCCGGCGCGUCGAAGAGGUGGUGGACGAGUUCCGAAGCAUCUCGGCCCAGCUAGUCCAGAGUCACUACCGGUCCGCGUUCGAUCGGAGCGACAUAGGGCGGGUGGAGAUACUGCCGAUCUCGUGGCACGAUGAUCUGCACUCCGAGGAAUCGGGCGUGGACGAGAAGCUGAAAUCCAUCACGCUGGAGUCGAUUCCGAAGCUGCGUCACUUUACCAACGACACGCUGCUGGAUGUGCUGUUCUACACGAGUCCCAUGUUCUGUCAGAGCAUCAUCGACGCCGUGGGCAACUCGCUUAACCGACUGUACACACUGUUCUGCCAGCGGAACCCAUCUUUCGCCGGAGGAGUAUCGUUGGCCGGCCACUCUCUGGGUUCGCUGAUUUUGUUCGAUCUGCUCUGCCAUCAGAAGAAGGCCACCGAUCCGAAGCCGAUGGAGACGGAAAAUUCGGAAAAUCCUGAUGCCGAUUCCGUGCCACCGUUGCCACAGCACGCCACCGUUCACCAUCGGCCGCUGGUGCGCAAAUGUUCGCAGCAGAUAAAUUACGAGGUCGGGCCUGCCGGCACGGGCCAACCGUACAUCACUUACCCGCAGCUAUUGUUUCAACCGAAAAAGUUCUUCGCACUCGGCUCACCGAUCGGCAUGUUCGUCACGAUCCGGGGGAUCGACGCGCUCGGGCUCAACUUUGGUCUUCCCACGUGCGACGGAUUCUUCAACAUCUUCCACCCGUACGAUCCGGUUGCGUAUCGAAUCGAAGCCCUGAUCAAUCCGGAACUGAGCUCACUGCGACCCGUGCUGAUACCGCAUCACAAGGGCCGUAAACGGAUGCAUCUCGAGCUGAAGGAGACGAUGGUGCGCGUCGGAAACGAUCUGAAGCAGCGUGUUUCGGACGUGUUUCGCAACACGCUCGACACGGUGUACGCGCUGACGGCACUGAACUCUUCCCGGCCCGACCCGAAGGCGAUCGAGAAGGAAGUGAACAAAGUUAUACAGGAUCAGCUCAAGUUCGAACAGUCGGGCUCCACGUCCAACUUGGCCGGGGGAAGCGAUGUGGACAACGGUGAAACGAGUAUACCGCUCGGGCGCCUCAAUCAGUCGCGCCGCGUCGAUUACGUGCUGCAAGAAGCACCGUUCGAAUUUAUCAACGAAUAUCUGUUUGCACUGUCUAGCCACGUGUGUUACUGGGACUCGGAGGACACGAUGCUGUUUUUAAUGAAGGAAAUCUACAGCACCCUUGGGGUGCAGGCGGACAUACAGGUGCCGCAGCAAACGAUGACCAUCGAGCGGCCACUGUCGUCUACUAGUCCGGACGUGGGACAGCGUGGCUGUUCGCCUAACAAUAGUUACAACCUUUUCCCGCAGCCGCAACCGUCAACGUCGAUGAACGCACCGAGUGCGACCAGUAGUCGAUAGGCGGGUGACCGUUCCUUAGCUUUCCCAAUUCCCAUUUUAGAGCACAUCCGGGGUGCAGUCAGACACAAUACCGCCCCGGCACCGUAGUGUAAUGGUUUUAAAUCGUUUACCUAUUAAGUUAUGUUUUAAAAACAAAGAUGUGUUGCCUGUUGUCCUUUUCGUUUGAUCAUUUCUUAGGUUUAUCCCACAAGUGGCCCCGAGAAAUCAGACGUUGUUUCGCGGGAAAUGUUCCUGUUGGUUGUUAUCGGUUGGAAAGCGUAAAGAACGUAAACUAUGUACAACGCAAGGCACGUGGAGAGAAGAAUAAAUUAGAAUGAGAGCAAUGAAUGAAUAAAAGUAUAAAUUAAUUGAAGUUAGGCAUGAUGUUUCUUUCAACCAACUACUGCUGUUGAAGAAGUGCUUUAUUACAAUAAACAACGUCACAUAGCACCGCCGGGCAAAUCAAAUUUUCAAUUGCGCAGACUUGGUAACGACCUUGUCCCCGUACUGGGCGACGAUCGGAUC